AGAAAGCGAAGUAUGAAUGUAAAAGUGAAGAAGUGAAAGGCCAUUGGAAGAAACAUCCUAGAGCAAUUUUUUUCCUGGCUAGAGUAUAAAAGCUAUUAAUCUGUUGUUUCCAAAAACAUUAAUCGGUUCCUCGUAAAAUGAAAAAUAACACUGAAAUAUAUUGUGAAAAUAGCACUGCUUAUAGUAAGAUAAUAAUGUUAUAUAAAUGCAAUGAUGACAUUAAAAGAAAUAAAUUUACUUUCACAUGAAUAGCUUGUUUUAUCUUACAUAAAUAUUCGAAUAAAAUGUUAAAAGUACGGAAAAGAACUGUCAAAUAAUUAUGAUGUGAUUUGGUUACAGCUAUCAUGAAUCUAAAAUAAAUUUGAAAUUUCUACAGCUUAGAAGAACAAAAAUGAUUAGAAAUAGAAUAAAUAUAAAAUAAUAUUUAUUCAAAGAUUAAGAUAUCUUUUUUUUUGGGCAAAAAAGAUUAAGAUAUCUUAAGUUUGUAAAUUUUUUUUUUUUAAGUAGACAAAACAGUUCAAGAUUCGGCACCAUCGGAAAGAAAGAGAAAAACACAAACAUGGUGGACUCUAGCCUCUUAGGCAAUGGUGGUGGUGGAGACAUAGGGGCGAAACCGUCAUUUUCAAAAAGCGAGAGCCCCUAGACUUUGCUGUAGUAGUGUAGUACGUCUGCUAAAAGUCACCAACGGAACCAGCGAAACAUAUUUCGAAACUGGGCCCUCGUAGUUUCCAUUUAUUCCAAAUUCACACCCCUUUCUUCUUUAAUCUCACUAUUUAACCAUCUCUUUCCUUUCAUUUUCUUUCUUUUCUCUCUCUCACUAUCCGUUGAACUCAAACGGCUCUCUCUCUCUGUCUCUUUCUCUCUCUUUCCGUCGACAAUUUUCUCGGGAAAACUUUUCUUCCCACGCGAGAAUCUCAGUGUCAAUAACAUGAGGUGUACUCGAUUCCUCCGGUUAUGAAUCCUACCCACAACAACCCAGUCGCAGCUUCAGCACUAGCUCCGCCGCAGCCUCACCGUCCUUCCACCUCCUGCGAUCGUCACCCGGAGGAGCGUUUCACCGGAUUCUGCCCUUCUUGCCUCUUCGAGCGCCUCUCCGUUCUAGACAUCAACGCCGUCGCGUCUUCCUCCAGAAAACCGCCGUCGUCGUCCUCCGCCGCAGCUCUCAAAGCAAUCUUCAAGCCGUCUUCUUCUUCCUCCUCCUUCUUCCCGGAACUUCGGAGGACGAAAUCGUUCUCGGCGAGAAAGAACGAAGCUUUAUUCUCCUUGGGCGCGUUUGAGCCGCAGAGGAGGUCGUGCGAUGUUAGAGUAAGGAACACUCUCUGGUCUCUGUUCAACGAAGACGCCGAGCAUAUAAAGGAGGGAGCUUUAACGGUAAAGGAGGGAACUUUAACGGUUAAUCGCGAGAUUGGGCUCGAAACUAGAAAGCCCAAGUCCCCUGUUUUCGAGGAGGGCAUUGAUUGCGGGAAGAAGUUAAAGGAUCAGAGAAGCGUAAUCGACGAGAUCAUCGAAGAAGAAGAGGAAACAGAGGAGAAGGAGCACAUGGAGUUGAAUCCUCAGACGACGACGGCGAAGAAACCCACCAGGAGUUUCUGGUCGGCGGCGUCGGUUUUGAGCAAGAAGCUACAGAAAUGGAGACAAAAGCAGAAGCUUAAGAAGCAUAGCGGCGGCGCAUUACCGGUGGAGAAGUCAGCUGUGAGGCAGCUCAGAGACACUCAGUCCGAAGUAGCAGACUACGGCUACGGGCGGAGAUCAUGCGACACGGAUCCGAGAUUCUCAAUCGAUGCCGGAAGAUUCUCUCUUGACGCCGGUAGGGUUUCGGUGGACGACCCUCGUUACUCUUUUGACGAGCCGCGCGCUUCUUUUGACGGGUAUAUGAUCGGGAGAGCGACGGCGGCGGCUCCGCCGCGAAUGCCGUCCAUGUUAUCCGUCGUGGAGGAUUCUCCGGUUAGUAAUCUUGUUCCGGUGGAAGAGCCACCACCACCACCGCGAACGCCACCAGAGAGUGUUGUCCCUGGUGGAUCUGAACAGACCCGAGAGUACUACAACGACUCGUCUUCACGACGGAGGAAGAGUCUCGACCGUUCUAGCUCAACAAGAAAGAUAUCAGCUUCAAUCAUCUCUGAGAUCGAUGAACUGAAACUGUCUGGUUCCAACACUAAAGUGUCUCCUCCUCGAGAAAGAGAGGUAAAGGACUCGGCUUUACGUUCCCAUUCGCGUUCACAUUCGAGUUCAGUGAGGGGAGAUUGCUCCGUUGAGAACUUGGAGAUAGGGACUGUGGAGUCCAGCAAGAAAGGGACGAAGAAGUCUAAGAGAUGGAGUUGGAACAUAUUUGGGAUGCUUCACAGAAAAAAUGAGAAGAGAUUCGAAGAAGGGAGAAGCAGUGUGGAUAGAACGUUCUCAGGGUCGUGGAAUGUAGAAGCUAGAAAUGGGUUUGAUCCGAAGAUGAUGAGGAGCAAUAGUAGCGUGAGUUGGAGAAGUUCCACUCCCGGAGGUGGAGGGUUUCACCGGAACAGUGUUGAUGGAUACGUUAGUGGUAAGAAGAAGGUUAGUAGCAGUAGUAGUAGUAUUGGGAGGAAGGUUGAGAAUGGUGUGCUGAAGUUUAACUUGACGCCUAGUAAAGGAAGGCGAACAGGAAGCAUGGAUUCGACGAGCCGGCCGGUUCCGCCUGCUCAUCCGCUGGCUAGAAAUUUCAUGAAUUUUUACUGACCAAAUUGUUAUGAAACUCGAAAUCUUUUUCUUUAGAUGUAGUUGAAAUAAGUGUGGUGGUGAAUGAAGUUGUAUUGAGUGAGAAUGUUCAGUCUGAUUCUUGUGUUAGGAUUUGGUUGUUCAGUUUUAGAAUUUCUUUGGUAUACAUAACCUUUAGUUGAUUA